ACUUAGAUAUCUGCUUAUGUCACUUAAAAACAAAGCUAAAACAGGUGGAGGAAUCAUUCACUUAUCUUAUCCGGUCCGGACAGGAGCAAUCCCACAUAUCAGCGUCCAAGUAGUACAGUCAUGCCCUAGCUGGAGGUCUUCUUCUAGAGGUCUAGUAGCCAUAUUAAUUUAUAGUAUUAUACAAAACGACACGGAGGCUACGGCGUAAUUAUUACAAAGUCAUGAGCAGAAGAAGCUUCUGCUUGACCAUCGACCGAAGCAAAUUAACCAACGCCCCACUCCCAGAGCAGCAGUACUCAGAGUCAGCACACCACCACCAAGCACCAAUCAGCCAACCCUUUAUAAGUGGGAAGCCCCAUCAGGCGCGCAAGCAAGAAUCCAUCGGCGGCAUGCCCCGAUCGACCAGCCAACCACACCACCAUCAUGUUCUGCGAGUGCGGCACGGGCAGCUUCAAGCACGUCGACGGGGACGCCGAGGACCUCGGCUGCGGCGGCGGGUCGCCCAGGGGGAUCAGGAGGAAGCACGGCGGCGGCGGAAAGGUCAACCCCUACGCGGGGCGCGGGCUGGACCGGUUCUCCGUCGUGCUCUCCGAGCUCGAGACCCGGCGGGCAAGGAUCCUCCGCCGCGUCGGCUCCGACGACACCGGCCUCGUCCUCGUCCGCUUCGCCGUCCAGUCCAACGGCGGCUGGACGCCCGUCGUCGUCAAGCUCCCCGAGCAGCCGCUCAAGCAGAAGCAGGGCGCCACCGCCAAGAAACCGAGGGCGGCAGCGUCCGCGCCGCCGUUGCCACCUGCUCCUGCUUCGCCCGUCAGUCUGCUUGACCCGGCCAGCAGCCCGAGGGAGAGGGAAGGAGUCAAGAAGGCUACCGCCAAGGUGCCGGCGAGGAGGGCGUCGUUCUCGUGGGGGAGGAGGGUGCGGCGGCCGUCGUGCUACUUGCCGGCCGUCGUCGUGCUAACGCUGGUGAGCAUCGUCGUGUUCGGGAGGGUGUUCGCCAUCUGCCUCACCUCCGUAUGGUGGUAUGUCCUCCCCACCCUGGGCAGCUGCUACGACGACGGUGCCGCCGGCGAGGACGCGCGCCGGGCGGGCAUGAAGAGGUCCAUGGAGAAAAGGAAGCUCGUCUCGCCGCCGCCGCCGCACGCCAAGAAGGGCAGCAGCUGGGGAGUGCAUGUGCAUGAGGUGGCCAGCUCGCCAAGAGGCCAUGCCAAGGGGAAGCGAGGCUGACGCCUGAUCGACGCAUAUGCAAGAUCGUGUGCAGCUAGGCUUCAUGUGAAUAAUUAGCUGGGUAUCAUAGCUGGAAAAGGGAUGAAACCUUACUCUCACAAAUCUCAUAUUUUUUUCCCUUUUACAUUUCUUCCUGUGUAAAUUUGAUGUUUCUCUUUGACAGUCUAUCUUCUUGUGUUGUAAAUAGUGUCACUUUACUUCAUGUACAUGGAUGACGGCCUCUUUUAAUUUCC